CAUCUGAUAACCCAGACGUCUUAGACUUACUUAUUUCAUUAAUGACAAUUCAUUUUUAAACGAUUAUAUACAUGAAGAUGGUACAGUAGGUUAAAAAUUAAAAUGAAGACACUUCAGCAUCCUUUUCUGAACACAUACAGUAUAAGGUAUAGAGGGAAAAGAGGGCCAGGGAAACAGUUCAAAAACCAUAACAUAACCUGAAAUGUUGAAGAACAAAAGUUCUUUUGUAUUUCCAGUCACCGAGUGCGUGAUAAUCAUGAUGUGCGGUACCUACCAAGCAACAAUUCUUGAGCGUUUUGUGAAAACUAACAGGAAUACAAGUCCCAGAGUACCUUGCUGACUAGUGUCUCCCCCCUGACUGGCGAUCAUGUAGCUUGGCAGCGUACAGUAGCAACGGGUAACCUUUCAUCUUCUGGUUGUUGUCUGACCAGCGCACGGCGUUGUUUCAAGUCUGUAAAACUCCGGGACUGUCGGUACUGGAGCCGCACAGGUCUUUAUCUCCUUUCAGCAUUUCAACAGAACUCUGUCAUGGAGGAGUACGAGGUUGUUAAACUCAUUGGUGAAGGGGCGUUUGGGAAAGCUUUCUUAGUGAAACCCAGGCGCAUCGACAGGCUGUGUGUGAUCAAGGAGGUCAAUCUUAGAAAGAUGCCUACGAAAGAAAAAGAGGCUUCUCGCAAGGAGGUGACGCUGCUGUCCAGGAUGAAACACCCCAAUGUUGUCACCUUCCUUACCUCGUUUGAGGAGAGGAUGAAGCUCUACAUCGUGAUGGAGUACUGCAAUGGUGGGGACCUGAUGAGGAGGAUCAACAUGCAGCGGGGGAAGCUGUUUGCUGAGGAGCAGAUACUGGAAUGGUUUGUACAGAUCUGUCUCGGAUUGAAACACAUUCAUGACAGAAAAGUCCUGCACAGAGAUAUAAAGGCUCAGAAUAUAUUCCUGGCCAAUAAUGGCAUGAAAGUAAAACUUGGGGACUUUGGAAUAGCAAGAAUGUUAAACAACACCAUGGAGCUGGCCCGUACGUGUGUGGGAACCCCCUAUUACCUCUCUCCGGAAAUCUGUGAGAACAGGCCCUACAACAACAAAACGGAUAUUUGGUCUCUAGGCUGUGUGCUGUAUGAACUCUGCACCCUUAAGCAUCCGUUUGAAGGCAGUAACUUGAGACAGUUGGUGGUGAAGAUCUGCAGAGGGCGGUGCGAGCCCAUUGCGACCAGGUACUCCUACGAUCUUCGCCUCCUUGUGAGCCAGCUGUUUAAAGUCAGCCCCCGAGACAGGCCCUCCGUGAACUCUGUCCUCAAGAGGCCCUUUCUGGAGAAGCGCAUCGCGAAGCAUCUGGACCCAGAGGUGAUUAAAGAAGAGUUCAGUCACACUGUUCUGCACAGAGGGAAGCCCUCGGUUCCACAGCUUCAGGGACCUGCUGCAGCAAAGGCACAAGUACCAAAGGGUGUGAAGCCCAGGGCUCAGGAGAAGUGUGCUCCUCGGAUGAAAGCAGGAAACCCAGUUAGGAAGCUCUCUCCAAGGCCUCAGUGGAAACCUCAGGCAAGGGCCUGUACGCCAGAGUGUAAGCCCGCUUACCCUAAAGCAGCGGGAGCAGGCAGGCCGGCAGCUCAGCAGUAUGACGAUUAUGGGAGGAAUGGAAACAACAGGGAGCAUGGCUUGUAUAAGCACUACCACGCUCAGCUAGACCUCAUCCGAAACCGGCAUCAGGAGCAAGCCGCUCUUCCCCAGGCUCCGCUCCUCGAGAGGGAUGAAGAUCCCUGUCGCGACAGAGCGCACGUCCCUCCAUCGUACCGGCGGGUUAAUGAGGCACAUGAUGAAUACCUAAGAAGAAGACAAGAGGCCAAUCAGUACAAAAUCAAAGUAGAAAAGCAGCUGGGUCUGCGUCCCUCCACAGGGGACGCUGUUUGCCACAGAGCACAAGCACUAGAGCGGCCUGUGCCUCCCCAGAGAGGCAACCACCCUCCAUCCUCCAGGAAACAGAGCGAUCACGAGGAGUACCUGAAACAGCUUGAGGAAAUCAGGCAGCAGUAUCACAAUGAGGUCAAGGGGUUCAGGAAGAAAGCAGCAGUACAGCCCGAGGUCAAAGCAGAGACAUAUUUGGUUGAACGGUCCGAGCCAACUGAAUCUCCCUCCCAGGCAAAAGAACAAGACCAUGGAGCAGAACAUGUUCAGAAUGUUGAAGAGCGCCUGAGACACAUCACGUGUGAUGAAGACAGACAUGCAAGGAAAGCAUUGGAGAUAAAACACAAAGCAAAGAAAGGGGUCAUGUUUGAAGUUCGUUUAGAUGAAGAAGACUUACAAGAAGAUGACAACACAGAAGAGGAAGUGGAUAUGUUGAACCAGACCCUGACCUUCCAAGAUGGAGAAGACCUGAGACAGGUGGACUGGAAGCCCGUGGGGCUGGAGGGUGGCCCACAGGAGCGACCAGCAGACGGCGCACGAGGGAGGAGGCUGUGGGGUCAGGAAGUGCCGCACACCCUCCUGAAUGCCAUGGCCAACCUGGAGGUGUCCUCCGCUCUGCCCACCAUGUCUGAGCACAGCCUCCCAGGGGAAGAUGGACACGAUCAGGAGCCUGCAGGACCGAGGGGUCAGUGGCAGGACAGACCCCCAGAAACACUGCUGAGGGCGCUGGCAGAGGCCGAGCUCACCUCUGCCAGCACCAUCCUGGACACAGGUCCCCUGGAGACCCUCAAACCUUGGACACCCGUGGAGGAGGGUGAAGAUGAGGAGGUGAGCUCUGACAUCGAUAUGGAUGAAGAACGGCUGGAGCCCAGAUCAGAUGACGACGACACAAACUUCGAAGAAUCUGAAGACGAGCUGAGAGGAGAGGUGGCUGAUUCCAUGAAGAACUUCUUCUUAAUGAAGGAAGAUGAGGAAGAGGAGGGGCAGGCUGCACAAACACAGCAGGGUGUGAAGCUGGCUGAGCCGCAAAGUGGAGAUACACCAGCUCAGACUGCGCAGUCACACAACGAGGAGACAGAGGCUCGGGAAACGCAGGCUCUAGAGAACAAUACGCCUGACCCCAUGCAGAACAAUCGCAAUGGGACACAGGACCAGGUUUAGUCUCUGUCUAGCAUUAUAAAUUAUAAUGAAGCUGCAAACAGAAAUCGGGGGGGACAGUUUUGCAGAGCUUCGAAACUAAAGUCACUUGGACCAAUGCUGCACUGAAGGAUUCCAUAUCCCACUCGAUUACUGCAGAACUGUUGUAAAUAUUGUAUAUUGCAUUGAAGCUCUUCUUGUUUCUCUGCAAUUCCAGCAGGAAACUCACCAUACUUUUACACUGUAGCAUCUUUCAGUGUUCAGAAACACUGGCUUUUUCCUUGCUGUCCUCGAGGUUGAAAUGUAAAUCCAGAUUAACACAAAAGCUUGCUUUUCUUUAGGUCAUUAAAUGUUUACACGAUGGUUUUGUGAUCGAUGCCAGCUGCUUGUGUCUCUUUAAAGUAUUCAGCGAUUUUAAACAUAAUUUAAAAAAUAAACUUUUAAAUAAUUUAAUGCAGUACAUCACACAUAUGCAACAUCAAACUGACAGAUUAAAAACAAAUCAUUAUAUCAUCUGCAAAAAAUGAAUUUAGAAUUAUGCAACCCAUCUAACCCUUCAAUUAACCCACUGCAAUGUACACACUAUACACAGGGCUAUCAUUCAAAGGGCUAAGCUUCGGAAAAAAAAGAUUUUGGUCUUUUUUCUUAAGUGAAACUCAUGCACCCUUGCGUAGUACAAUUCUCAUUAUCGCACUGUGCCUGGCACACAUACCAAAUGUGGAUACAAAAAAGGGCAGCAGACAUUAAUGAUGUGAUGUUUGGCUACUUGUUUUUUUUUAAAUAAAUUAAUGGAUGUCUGACAGUU